AGUAGCGGCUUAGUUCAGCCAAAGUCCGCGCUCCGUCUCAGUGUAAGAUUCGGAGCCGACCUGCUGACUCUGCGGCCUUGCGAGCAGUUUUCCACUUUUGGUAAACGAUAUAUCCAUUGACCUCUAAUUUUUCCGAGAGGAAAAGCAUCGACUUGAAGCACCAGUAUGUGGCAAGCGGUAUUGCUUUGUGCAUACUUGACGGCUGUUUCAACGCUUCACUUAGAUUCAAGUCCCAUGCAUGACUUCAACAUGCAAGCCUACUUGUCUGCCAGAGAAUGGACACCUGUCGGUAUCCAGGUUGUAGAUUUUGACGUGGAUCCACAUACUGUAGCAGACCAGCCUGCUGAGGACGAAAUGGACGAGCAAGUUCAUGGUGUGACUACUCUGGACAAGUGUUCUGUCACCAUGGACAAGGUAGCUGCCCUUCCUACAUAUCUCAGGGAACCCAUUGUUUCCUUAGCAGUCAAAAGCAUGGAAGACCUCGAAGUUGGAGACGAGGAUCCAACCUCUGAUGACCACUUGUUCCUAGAAGAAUUUGACCUGAAUGAAGGUAAUUUGGAGGAUGAUGGUGAUAAAGAGAUGAUGUUGAGUGACGAGGAGCUUAAGAAACUGGAGGACAGCUGGACUGCCGAAGACAAGGAAAAGAUUAAAAGAAAACUCUACACUUACCUCGCAGAAGAUGGACUGACUGAAGAGGAGAUGAAGAAAGUAGCUCUAGAGAGCCAUGACCUUGCAAAAUCCUUCUUGGCAUACAGAUUUUGGUGGAAGAACAGUGGUGUCAGUCGGCGACCCCGUUGCCUCGAAGGAGUAAAUGUGUGCGCAUCGAAGUGGAGAAAACUGUUGUUCCAAGGACGUACGUAUUGCUGCCAAAACCUAAAGGGUUUUCCCAGAAUUUUCCAACGGGGAAACGUGAGAGUGUGCAACUGCUAAAAGCAUCUAUGCAUAAUAAAUAUGAUGAAGAAUAUUAACGAUUUA